AUGAGAGGAACUUUCAAAGAGGACCCUGAGGCUCAUGAAUUGCGAAACCCGAAAACACACUAUAGAAACAAGGCCUCAUGGGAGCUGGCGCAAAUGGCUACAGGGCUCUCCAUACCCAAGUGGAUGUCUUCAGGGUUGAUCAUCUGUAUGUUUAUUGCGGCUCAUGAUGUAUAUUACGAACGCGCACCUGCAAGAUCAUGGCACCGUCAACAGUUGUACAAUGUCCUCCUGUCCAGUUUUGCGAUGCUCUUUGAGUCACCUUACCAAAAGAUCAAACGGACUAUUAAGCUUCAGAUGGAGCAGUUAUGCAGAGAGGUUCUUGAGGGAAAUCCCGGGAUGCAGAUCGAACAGUGGGAUUUGGUGGCACAGCGGCUCAACGACUUUUUGCACGCUGAGGGACAUUGGCCCGUUACCAAUCCUUUAUUCGACGGGCACAUGUGUCACUCCCUGUUCAGAAAGUUGGUAGUUCAUCCUGUAAACAAGAAGCUUCUUGCAACGCGAGUCCAGCGCGCGACGGUGGAUGCGCGAGAAGGAGAGCUGUCAACACGCACAUCUGCAGCUAGUGAGCCCGCAAAAGAUACCAUCGCAUGCUAUGAGAGCGGUAUGCGCGAGUGGUGGGCUAGGAACGCCAAACCUGAGAAACAGGAAGGUAUUGAUGUCGCGUGCAGGAAACUCCCGAAGGAAGUCGUUUGGAGCAAGGUUGGAUGGCAGUUCUCUGUGGCUAUGGCUGCUCUCGUCCAAACUAGGGCAUUCAUACCUAUUUCAUUUCUGAGUUUCAUAGGGCUUGGAACGGUUUACUCAAUCGACACAAUAUUUCGCCUUACCCCCGUGGUGCUGAGCAAUGUCUUUUGGGGAAUUAUACUUUCUCCCGCUUUAAGGGAUACUGACGUAAACGCCCGUGAUCUCAUGGAGCUGUGGGCCACUAUUGUUGCCGUUGAGCCUCGCGGAGAUACCAGCGAGUGGGACCGCGUUGCAAGCCACAUGAACAAGUACCUGGUUACCGCUAGUGCAGCAGGCCGUGCAGCGCAGUUCUACGACGGUGAAAACUGUAUGCAGAGGUUCAAGAAGUGGUAUUCCGCGUCGCUGCUCCCAAAGGAGGGGCAGGUCGAUGCCAGGUUCGAGGACCUGCAGCCCUAUAUAGAAGCGGCCAUGGACGCUGCCAGUGAGGACUAA